AUGCCUUCUGAAGUGCCACCGACGUCUUCUGAAUCUGGUGCUUCUGCUUCUGACGCUACAUCUGGAGAGAAGAGAACUGGAGCCGGAAAAGAGACCAUGGACAUUUUCAAUUUCGAAGAUGAAAACGUUCGUCGAGUUUGCGAGAAGCUGUUCACUGAGCAAAUGGACAUGGGAGAAGCGUAUUUGGAGGACUCUUAA